GGUGAAUUAGUUCAGUGGAUGAGUGUGUUUUUGUUUUCUUUUCUUUUCUUUUUUUGUUUUUUUGGAAGCAUCUCAUCCAACUCAGCAGCCCUGUCCUGUGUUGUGUUUCCCAUAUGUCGCGAAAGCAAGGCGACCAUGACUACAGUCUCCGUAGUAUGAGCAACCUGAUGGGCGAGCGGUGGAAGAAAGUGAACGACGGAGGAGAGCGGAGUCUCAUCAAGGCUCCCUCCAGCGCCAGCAUCAGCAGCCAGGGCGCCUCCUCUGCGGCUUCCACCGCCGGUGCCCCAGCAGCUCCCUCCUCCUCCACCUCCACCACAACCACCACCACCGGGGACCUGGAGAGGGCUGCCCGCAAGCAGUUCCAGCAGGAUGUCACGCCCGGCUUCGUGUACGUCCUGGCCGCCUUCUCCGCACUGGGAGGCUUUCUGUUCGGCUACGACACCGGGGUGAUCUCCGGGGCGAUGCUCCUGCUGAAGAGGCAGCUGGACCUGAGCGCCCUGUGGCAGGAGGUGCUCAUAUCAAGUACUGUGGCCGCGGCCGCCCUGUCUGCCCUGCUGGGCGGCUUCCUCAAUGGACUCUUCGGGCGCAGGGUGUGCAUACUCCUGGCCAGCUUCUUCUUCACCGUCGGGGGGUUCGUGCUGAGCACCGCCCCUGGGAAGGAGGUUCUGCUGGCGGGGAGGCUUAUCGUCGGAGUGGGGCUCGGCAUUGCAUCUAUGACAGUGCCAGUGUACAUCGCUGAGGCCUCUCCACCCCACCUCAGGGGGCAGCUGGUGACUGUUAACACCCUCUUCAUCACCGGCGGACAGUUCACUGCCAGCCUCAUCGACGGCGCCUUCAGCUACCUGCAGCGGGAUGGGUGGAGGUACAUGUUGGGUCUGUCGGUGGUUCCUGCUGUUCUCCAGUUCAUCGGAUUCCUGUUCCUGCCGGAGAGCCCUCGCUGGUUAAUCCAGCGCGGACUGACCCAGAAGGCCCGCCGCGUGCUCAGUCAGAUCCGGGGCAACCAGAACAUUGACGAGGAGUACGACAGCAUCAAGAACAGCAUCGACGAGGAGGACAGCGGAGGAGAUGGCCCUGUGAUCUGGCGGAUGCUGACCUACCCCCCAACUCGGCGAGCCCUCCUGGUGGGCUGUGGUCUUCAGAUGUUCCAGCAGGUUUCGGGAAUGAACACGGUCAUGUACUACAGCGCCACCAUUCUGCAGAUGUCUGGAGUGCGGGACGACAGGCUGGCGAUCUGGCUGGCUGGACUGACCACCCUCACCAACUUCCUAUUUACCCUGCUGGGAGUGUGGUUGGUGGAGAGAGUGGGGCGCAGAAAGCUCACUCUUGGCAGUAUCAUGGGUACAUGUUUGAGUUUGAUUCUGUUGGCCAUCGGUUUUCUCAUGUCCGCCCAGCACAGUCCUCCUGUCACCUUCCAUCCAGUAGACCCAUCUUUCCCCAACUCUACCUGCUCCAAAUAUCAGCUGUGCGAGCCGUGCAUGCUCGACCCUGGAUGUGGUUUCUGUUACCGUGAGAAUGGCACAACGCUCCUCACCUCCUCCUGUGUACCAGUCAAUAAGGCCUCCACUGAGCAAGCAGCAUGGGGCAGGUGUUCCAACUCAAGCCUGAUGAAAGAUCAGACCUACUGGGCCUACAACUACUGUCCCACCUCUUACUCCUGGUUGGUUUUACUGGGUCUGGUGCUCUACCUGGCUGCUUUCGCUCCAGGGAUGGGUCCCAUGCCAUGGACCAUCAACUCAGAGAUCUACCCUCUGUGGGCGAGGAGCACAGGUAACGCCUGUGCAGCUGGAGUCAACUGGACCUUCAAUAUCCUGGUGUCUCUCACCUUCCUCCACCUGGCUCAGUACUUCACCUACUAUGGAGCGUUCUUCCUCUACUCCAGCCUGGCUUUGCUGGGUUUCUUCUUCAUCUACGGCUGCCUGCCAGAAACCAAAGCUCGGCGUUUAGAGGAGAUCGAAGCGCUGUUUGAAAACCAGCUUUGUUCGUGCGGCGCCUCGGAUUCCGACGAGGGACGGCAGGUCGAAUACAUCCGAGUCAAAGGGUCAAACUAUCAUCUAUCAGACAACGACGCCUCUGAUGUGGACUAGGGAGAGUCUGAGUGUCCGUUACCUCCCUCUGAGUGUUUCCUUCACCUUGGUGAUUAGUGAAACAUGCAGAGUGGUUGGGUCUGUAAUAUUUUUCUUUUUCUGUGUGUGAACUAACGAGCCACUGGCUACCUUCACUAUGAGGUUGAGAAUCAGUUUUAAAGGCUUUUUUGCUUGUAUCAGUAAUGUGAGUGAGCUCACUUUCAGUUGAGUCAAGUCAGGAAUUCAAAAUCAAUGACAAGGCUUUGUUUAUUUUUCUCUCAUUCGGGAUGAAUUGAAAUGAGGACUUAAUCCUGCUUUAGUAGACAGCUGAACUUUCCACCAUGCACCAGAAAUAUCUCAAUUACUAAAGGCUUAAACAUUGCCAGAGGUUCGGGUGUCUUUUUCAUAAACGCUUGGACAGAAAACAUGACUGUUGAACACACACUGUUUGUACAAAAUAUAAGGGACUCUUCCUCUCUCACGAAGUCCACCGAUAAUAAAGAUUACUUUACAAAAGAGAUUGCAGCUGAGUAUCAGUCCCUAAUACUUUGUACCUUUGCAGACUAAACAUCAUUUACAAUUUACAUAUGAUGUUGUAGAUACAGUAUAAAAAGUAAAACAUGACACAGCCAACCUACAGCAUCAUGUCAGACUAAGUUUCCAUUUAAAAAGGUAAAUGUGGUCUUGAGAACCAGGUUUGUGCGUCCACGAUACUUUGUUGACAUGACAACAGUUGUGACGUAUUGUUAAUCUAUAGUACCAUUAUGCCUUUCUGUAUGAAACACAUCUCCGUUAAACAUUGUUUUAAGCUUGUAGCAUCGCACACCGGUGUCAGUUCCUCACCCGAUGACGGUCUUAAGUGUGUGGUCGCUCUAUGAAAAGCAAACAGCGGAGACGUAAAGUAUAUUGUUCAAGUUUAGAAAACUUGAUAUUGUCAGAUGGUGCCUAAACAAAGCCACUCACCAAUCUAGUAGCACUGAAAGGGAUAUAAGAUGUGUUGUGAUGGUCUAAUUUUAUUCAUUUAAAUAAUGUUAUUUCUAAAUCAGCAUUGCAACAAACUGCUUUAAAACAGUCUGUUUUAUUUUUCAAUUCUGUUGCUUGCCUGGCUCUUUAACAUAAUACUAUGGAGUGUACAGUCUCAUGUCAUUUUGUCACUGCGCUGCCAAAACCCCAUCUUAUAAAUGCAUUGCUGAUUAAUGCUGUUUUUGCUGGAUAUUAAACGUGUAAUGUCCAGCCAAGAAAGCAGUAUCCUAAAACCAUUA